ACAUAAAAUGAUCCAUAAAGAAAAAAAGCCAUGAAAAAUACUUAUCAAUCAAAAGUUGAAAAAAUAAAAUAAAAAUUCCUCUCAGAGAAGAUGAACUUCGGUCGAUUUUGUUGGACUAUCCCUUUAUGUUGGACUCCAAGUUCCACAAUGCAUUUCGCAUAGUGAAGCGAUUCGGCUUCAGCGGCUGCAGGCGGGAGUGGAGCAGACGAUGAGAUGUUUGUAGCAUUGGAGCUCUGGGUUUUGUCAAUGUCUGUGCAUACUGUCAGCCGGUCUCGUCCUCAAAAUGAGAAAAGCAACAGAAAACCAAGGAAACACUCGAAAACAUACUGAAAAUUUAUCCCCGAGGAAUAAAGUGAAGGACCUCAUAAUCCAGCAGCACUUCAGAUCCCAUUUCACACCUUUUCUCCAGGAGACUCCAGUGAAGCCCUCUCAGGUCCCUAACUGGCUCUCUCACCCACCUUCUAGGAGAAUGUUGCCAUUUCAAAGCCCUGAGCCAUGCUACAGGGACAGACUGGGUCCACCAUGGCACCCCCCUUAUCCUCCGGGACCAGUCCAUUCAUCAGGGUUUGUUCCAAGCAGCCCAACUAACAUUGGUGCCUCCGUGAAUAGGUUCCAAACCAUGCCAAGAGGCAGACUGGGUCCUCAGCCCCACCAACAGCGUCAACCCCCAGGGUCUUUCUGCCCAUCUGGGUAUGCUCCAGUCACACCAACUAGUAGUAGUACUACAGCUAAUAGGCCGCCGGGCGUCUUUUACCCUGCACCCCCUCAAUUCAUGAAGGAUUUAAGCAACCACUCCCCAUCUUCCCACGUCAGGAGAGAUCAAGGGACUGAAUCCAAGGACAACUGGUCUUACUCAGGAAGCAAAAAUGUAACUGCACAAAGACAAGAAUCAAACAAGGCUCAAUCAAGCGAGGUGAGAGGUUCCAUACAAACUAUCCAGCUCCAUCGACCCCCUAUUACCUCAUCAUUCAACACCAGAGCAGUUCAAGGAGUUUGCACACUGGCCCCCUCAGUCUCAGAGCACUGGAGUCCUGCCAGUGGCCCCCCUGACAGCCAGGUGCCCCCGCUUGUCUACCAGUCUUCUCCGAGUCCCCAGUCUUCUGUCAGGAGUAGUGGUUCCAGUUUACCCAACAUGCACAGUCCUGUAGCUCCUUGCCAGGACCAACAACAUAAACGAACACCUUCAAGAGAAAACUUAAUUCCAGUAGUGGACUAUAAUUGCUCAUCUCAGAAGAGGUGCAGGGAGUUUGAGGACUGUGACGACGGUGCCAAGAAACUGUGUCUUCCAGCUAUAAACACAGGCAAAGCACAGACACCAAAGGCCACUGUUGGCAACUCACUCAACACUUCACUGAUGUCUCAGCCGUCAUCGAGGCAUUCUUCAGUCUUGGAACUGUCACCCAAAACCAUCGAUCGCCAUCUGUGCUCAGAACCAGAACCAGCACGUGGUCAGUCAACAUGCCUGGAACUGUCGUCCACGUUUAAACCCACCCAGUCAUCCUGUGCAUCACUGACACCCAAAACUUGUUUAAAGAGACAACCAUCAACGGGGGCGCAGCAAGCCUAUUUAAAUUUCACCCAGAACCAUACUUUGUUAAUAGAGUUAAGGUCACCUCCAAAACCAGAUGAAGAGAGUUUGAGGAAAAGAAGUGUGGAAAACGAUAAAAGGGAUAGGUCAGACCCUUUGUUAUCCUCCGAGGCUCCCCAGAAGGACACUGGUAGCUCACCUCAUGCUCAGUUAGGCAACCAGCUCUCUGGUCAUACUCACCGUAAUACUUCAGUCUUGCCAGUCAAGACCCUGAGCAGAGGAAAUCAUGUGGAGGAGAGCAGAAAGUCGGACAACAGCACUCCAAAACCAGCCUCAAAGACGAAUUCAGGUUCUCUGAGUUGUCGCACGGCAGAACGGACCAAAAACCCCCGUCCAAAAAGAUCUGUUGCAAUCCCUAAUGAUAUAGAUGAGCUGUUCACCCCUGAUCCCUUGACCUAUGUAUUCAGCACUGGCCAUAAGACUGUAAAGCUCAGGACAGAUGGGAUCAAAUCCCCAUUCUCAGAGAAAGGAUGUCCAUCCAGCACUGUGACCAGCUCCAGUACUUCUGUUACUGCAUCCUUGUGUCGCAAAACUGGUUCUUCUCAUGCAGUGGACACCCAAGACUCAUCAUCAGCUCCUCUCCCACAAGUCUACAUGCCAACUGUGGCAUUAGAGCGGGUAAAACUUGAGAACUUAAAACCCAUUUGCUCCAAAAACAGUAAACUCAAAAAGAGCCCCACCAGUUCUUUGGGCAGGCAGCUUAAGGAUGAGAGUUUUAAAUCUGAUGAGAAACACACAUCUCUCCUCCCCAACAAUGUGGGAACAUGCGCUUUAGAGACUGAGACUGUGACCACAACUGCUACAACUCAUCAUUCUCCAUCUCCACUGCUGGAGAGGCAGGCAAGUGAAGGGCGUAGAAAGACGGUGAGUGAAGAGGAUCCUAUAGAUGUGGAGCUGGACCUGGACUUGAGCUUUGCAGUAGAUGUGGAUCUAACCCAGAGCUCCCAGAGCAGUGAGGACGAACAGCUGAUUUCCCUGCAGGAGAUGAUGGAGCGUGUUACCAAGCCUCCAGAUACGCCGGAGAAGGGAGCCUUCUCAGAGCCCAGUACACCUGGACAUCGCAGCAGCCAGUCAAAAACUCAGCCAUUGCCAUCCACGACAAAGUGUGGUACCUACAAGAACAACCUCGACCAGAUGCUGAAGGAAAUUAACUCCACUAAAAGAGCCAAAGAGCUCGAGGCACAACUUCUAACUGCAUGUGAAGAGGACCUGUUGAGAAUAGCUGAAUACGAGGAGGCUGAGGAGAACCGAGAGGAGGGUGUCUCCACCGAACAACAGGAAUUCUUGCAGCGCUACUCUUUGAUGUCCAAUGCAAUCAGGGAAGUGCCUCCAGGAGAAGUCGUGUUCAACCUGGAGAAAUUUGGCCAGAUCUUCAGCCAAGAUACACUGCAGCUCAGACAAUGCAUGGUCAGUCCACAGGGGGCAGCACAGAAAACGCUUCUUUGGUCCAGCCCUGCUCAGCUGAGACUGCAUUUAAAUAUUGGAUUGUUCCAGGAAGCUUUCGACUGUCACUCACCCUGUCCAGCUCAGGUUACCCGUUUCCUAUUCAAGAUGAUGUCAGUCCACAAUGAGAGGAUAGUAUCUGAAAAGAUUCUUCAGGCCCUCUGUGACAUUGCUUGCACAGCUGCUUAUCAGAUAGUGAAAAAUGGAAAUGAACAGUUUAAAGUGUGGGUACCCAGUUUGGCCGAUGUGGCCUUGGUCCUGAUGAAUAUGGGAAUUGCGUUUGUCACUCUCUUCCCUUUUGAGAACCUGCAGCCUCCAUUCACAGAGGGAGAUUUGCUGGAGGACAUAUGUAUCAAAAGUGAGAGUCCCUCUAGUAACAAGGAGCAGACCAUUUUCCCCGAGCACAACUGCAACAACAUCCUGAAGUACCUGUCUUACUGUAUGGGCCUCUGUCCAAAGGCAUACAGUGACGAUGAGCUGCUGUUGUUGCUUACCGUGGUGGGAAGGGUGGGCCUGGACACACGGCUCAUCCUCCAGUCCAGUGUGGAACUGUACCCUUUUCAGUACAAAGUUGUCAACAACAUCAAGGACUGGGACACCAUGCUGCCCAGAAUCUGUCAAGCCCUGACCGAUCUGACAGAUGACCACCACAACAUGUGCCUGCUUGUUCAACUGCUGCCUGACAACACACGUGGAAAGCAACUGCGGAGACAUCUGAGUCUGUCCAUGAUCUCAAAACUGCUGGACGGAAAUUGCACUUACAGACCUACAGAAAAGGAGUUUCAGCUUUCUAAACUGAGGCCAUACCUGCCUCGUAUGCAACCCUCCACCCUUCUCCGAUGCAUGCUGAGCUCCUCCAGCAGGAGUCAGAAAGAGAAAGAAGACGACAUGAACACCUUAGACCAACAGUCCUACUACCUCUGCUACAGCCUUCUGACCUUGGCAAAUGAAGCUUCCAAUUUUCAGUUCUUCCCAGCUCAUCAAAAGAAGCAGCUGCUGGUUUUAUGCUAUGAGCUAGAAACGCAUGUUAAGUGUGACAUUAGAGAGAGCGAGAAAUGUCUCUACCGGAGCAAGGUCAAGGACCUGGUGGCCAGGAUCUACACCAAGUGGUCGAUGCUCCUUCAGAGGACCAGGCCCCUCCAUGGUAAGCUGUAUGAUUAUUGGCAGCCUUUGUCUGUGGAUACAUUAACAAGCAGCCAAGAAGAGGAGGAGGUGGUCAACAGUGAUGAUGAAGAGGGGCCGGUGAUGGAGGAGAGUGAAGAAGAGGAACCCAAUGAAACUGGAACUGAAGAGGUUGCAAUGAUAUCUGAGGACGAGGACAAGGAAGAGCGAGACGAUACAACGGAUGACACGGAUAAAACGGAGGAUUACAUAAAGCCAGACGAAACAGAGGCAGACGAUACAAUGGACACAAACAAGAUGAGGGGCGACGUAAAGCCAGAAGAAACGGCGGGAGAUGAUACAGUGGACACAAACGAGACUGGG